AUGGAAGCUGAAGUCGACGGUGUCGCUCGAAUCGAUCAAAACCGAGAGUCCCCAUCACCACACCCCCGGAGACCUAGUAGGUACAGUAAAUUCAUGGAUACCGUUUCCAGCUAUGAUACGGUUGGUAAACUGUCUAGCUAUGAUACUGCAGAUACGCUAUCCCGUGCGGACACCAUUGGGUCUCAUGUGGCCAAGCGGCAGAAGUGUGAUACUCCCAUUGGUGUAGAAACAACUGAACGCAGGUCUGAAUACACGAACUAUGUUUCGCAAUUCUCUGGAUCCACUAUCGGUACUCAGGUAGGAGACGAGCAGAACACGUCGAGUAUGCGAAGGUACCGAACAUCUGACAAGCCGGAAAGACGGUCGGUCAUCAGUUACCUGUCGUACAAUCGCAGCUCUACCAUUGACGCCAGUGGGAGUGACCAGGGAGAGACGAGCUCAGACAGUGACAGUGACUGCACGAUAUUGCCUGCCAUACCACACCGACCCACAGAAAGGACUCACCCACACAGUAUAGAACACCUGGUAUCCGACGGCCCCAGACCAUUCCAGCUGAACGCACUACCCAACACUUCCAACCAACGGCCGCAUAGAAGCUCAAUCGCUAGCUGUGCCACUUUAGAGACGCCGGAGGAGUGUCUCGAGUCACCAUCACCUGACUUCAGUAUGGCUCAUCUGCUGUACGACCAUCGCUAUGAGCAACCGAGCAGUUCGGUACAAAAAUCGGUAGUUAGCGACCCCACGACAUCUGGCAUGACCCGUACGCACUCGGUGGCUUACCCUUCUGCCUCUGACAACCCGUUGGCCCAUGGAUACGCCCCGCCUACACUUUCCAGCACGCACAAUCCCAUAGCAGUGAUGCACCCCUUUGAGACCGUUGACACCAAGUCUUCAGUUGACACCAUGUCUUCAGUUGACACCAUGUCUCCCGUUGACACCAUGUCUCCCGUUGACACCACGUCUUCAGUUGACACCAUAUCUCCCGUUGACACCAUGUCUUCAGUUGACACCAUGUCUUCAGUUGACAUCAUAUCUCCCGUUGACACCAUGUCUCCCGUUGACACCAUGUCUUCAGUUGACACCAUAUCUCCCGUUGACACCAUGUCUUCAUUUGACACCAUGUCUCCCGUUGACACCAAGUCUCCCGUUGACACCAUGUCUUCAGUUGACACCAUGUCUUCAGUUGACACCAUGUCUCCCGUUGACACCAUGUCUCCCGUUGACACCAUGUCUUCAGUUGGCACCAUAUCUCCUGUUGGCACAAGAAAGAGUGCGGUGUCGUACGCCUCAGCGUCUAACCGCUCGUCCAUCCCGAGAACUGAGUCGCCAGCAUUGCCGCCAACAUUACUACAGCGUGCCAGCGAAAUCCCGUUUGGGGCCCACCAGGCUGAGUAUGCCUCGCCUGAUAUGAGGACAUAUAGACGACAAGAGCCAACACGUCUACCGACACGCUCAUACAACACCCAUAGUACACCACGGGCAAACGAGACCUUCUCCUACCCCUCAGUCAGACACAACCCGUUCAAAUCGACGAAAGCCCUACCACCACCAUUACCUGGCCUUCACGGUAAAACAGGUCUGAACGGGUUCUCCUGUCCCACCUCUGAACGCAUAAGGCCAUCGGGGCCAGGGCUAUCAGCAGCACCGCCGCACAGUUUGCCACAGGCCUCACACAGUCGUCCGGUGGAAUCUCGAGAGGAGAUUGUGACUAUCGUGAUGACUAAGGAAGGGCUUAGAGUGAGAGUCCCGUUUAAUAUCAUGACUGGCAGAGCAGCGUCUGUUUCUGGUCUCAUACCGUUUGUUCCUGGAACGCAGGUAUGUGUCAGAAAUGUUAGACGACAUCCCCCCUCGUCUCCAAGGCCAGGGGUGUCAUCCGGUAUACCAUUCACGCCUAUGUAUUUGUCCGAGGCCGAGCUUUUGUCUCAACAGAAGGCUGAGGCCGAGACGUCCCUGGCGAACCCAGUGUCUAGUGCCCGAUACAACUCGAGAUCUAGGCCAUCACCAACACGACCACCUUUAAUAGAGGGUGCGGGGGGAGGUCUACCAGCGUCGCUAGAAGCAAGGUUUAAGAACAUCUUGUACGGUCCAACGUCUGUGCCACCCCUCGCUCGGAGUGCAGCCACACGCCCAUCGACAACAGCCCAAAUGUCGCAGCGGUUCGAUGCGGGCUCGUUCGCAACUCGCAAUGUGGGGAUGAAGUCCGUGCUAUCCUUCUCCGCUUCAGCCUUUCCCACAGCUUUGAGGGCCGCUCACUCACUGCGACAGGUACCGUCGGGACGCUUCUCACUUGACAGUUCGCCCGCACCCAGUGAGAAAGUAGACGGCAGCCCCGACUCUCCUGUCGAAGAAGCUAAAGAGGUCAUAGAUGUCGAUGCAUUGUCCGACUGUCCGCAAAGCCCGUGUGUGGAUCCCCAGGCAACGGAGCCACCCUUGUCCCGUCAGUCACCUGAAGACGUACAGGUCUCUCAAGAUAACACUAACACAGACGUGCCGCUCGCAGGAGAGCAAGCCGCACUACACUCCCCACCAUUGCAUCCGUUGCCUUCAACUCCAGACUUGCGUUCGCCUUUCACGCUACCGCCUUUGACACAUCAGCCGCCAACCAUCCCGCGCCAGUCCUCCGCUGCGACAGACAUCGCGGCCACGGACGUAUCUCCAACACAAACCGGAGCACACUCAGUCUCAGGUGCAUCUGUACUCAAACCUUCGUCUCAGACAAGCAGACGGUCCUCCACUUCACUGCCGCCACUAAAACACCAGUCCCCUACCGUCUCUCGCGCCCAUAUGCCUCAAGAUCUGAACGGAGCCAAGACCAGCUCUUGUUCUCCAAGCAAUGCAAACGCAGAGUAG